AUGGCGUCCUUGUGGCGAAACGUUGUUAGGUCCUCUGGAUUCGCUCCGAGCCUUCAGCCGGCAGGACUUCCGAAACCCACUCCCAUGAUCCAGUCUCGCUGCUCGUCUCUCCGACUCGGCGGCCCAUCGUUCUUCACAAACCACAUGCAUGCGGCCGUUGAGACCCGGGGAGACCUUACACAAGCUUUCGAUCCUACGUUCCCUCGGCCGGGGAAACAAGAGCGAACCAUCAACUUCAUCGACCCUCGGGGCAUGAGAUUGACAUGUCGUGCGCGCGACGGACAGACCUUGUUGGACAUCGCAAAAGCCCACGGUCUUGAGGUCGAAGGUGCCUGCCAGGGAGAGUGUGCCUGCUCGACGUGCCACAUCAUCGUGACCGACGCUGGCUCAUACGGAGCCAUGCCUCCAGCCACUGAGCGCGAGGACGACAUGUUGGAUCUAGCACACGGUCUCACACCAACGAGUCGAUUGGGCUGUCAGGUCCUCGUGUCGGAAGCGCUGGACGGGGUGGAAAUCAAGUUACCGGGGCUUGUGCAAUCCAAGUAA